AUGCUACCGAAACUCUUUUCUUCAAUCCUCCACUGCUCUGUUUUCCUUCACACGCAUAAGAACAGUACGACCACCUCAUCAUCAACCUUUACCAAACAAGCCUUUGCCUCUCUCUUGCAAUCCAGUUCUUCACAGUCCCACCAGCUCAAGCAGAUCCAUGCUCUUCUCCUCACCACAGGUCUCUCAAUUAAAAACAGCCUCAUCACCCAACUUCUCACCUCUCUCACUUUAUUAGGUGACAUGACUUACGCCCGCCUUCUUUUCGACGAAAUGCACAAGCCUCGAUCUUUCUUAUGGAACACCCUCAUUAAAGGGUAUGUGAAAAAUGACCUCCCCAUCGAGGCUAUCUCUGUUUACCAGAUAAUGCGCGGGCUUGGUGUUCGUCCCGAUCCAUUCACUUUCCCAUUUGUGCUCAAGGCGUGUGCUCAAGUAGAUGAUUUAUGGGCUGGCCAAGAGGUUCAUGCCCAUGUUGUUAAAUUUGGGCUUGACUUUGAUGCCAUUGUGAGGACCGAAUUGAUGCUAUUGUAUGCCAAAGUUGGGGAAUUGAGUUCUGCAAAUUAUCUGUUUGAGUCAAUGAGUGAGAGGGAUUUAGUAGCUUGGAAUGCUUUGAUUGCAGUUUACGUGCAAACGGGGAAUGCGGGCAAGGCACUUGGAAUGUUUCAUGUAAUGGUCUUAGCAGGAAUUAGGCCUGACUCAGUGACUGUUGUGAGCGCUCUCUCAGCUUGUGCUAACUUGGGGUGUUUGGAAACUGGUAAGCAGAUUGACCUGUUUGUUAUCAAAGAGAAUCUCAAUAGCAAUUUGUUUGUUAACAAUGCACGUCUAGACAUGUAUGCAAAAUGCGGUAGCAUUGAAACAGCGAGAUGUUUGUUUGAUAAGAUGCCCCAGAGGAAUGUUAUCUCAUGGAGCACUAUGAUUGGAGGGUAUGCCAUGAAUGGGGACAGUGGUGAAUCACUGCGUCUGUUCUCUCUAAUGCAGAAUGCGGGAGUGCAACCUAAUCAUGUCACUUAUCUUGGGGUUCUUUCUGCGUGUUGUCAUGCGGGGUUAAUAAGAGAAGGGAAGAGUUAUUUUAAGGAAAUGGUUAAGUCCAAUGACUGCAAUGUCCAGCCAAGAUUAGAACAUUAUGCCUGCUUGGUUGAUCUUCUUGGUCGGUCAAGACAUCUCGAAGAGGCUUAUAACUUCAUCAAAAGUAUGCCCAUUGAGCCAGAUGCAGGGGUCUGGGGAGCUCUGCUGGGUGCCUGUACAAUCCAUCAGAAUAUCAAACUCGGUCGGCAUGUAGCAGAUAUUCUUUUCAAUUUAGCUCCUGAAGUUGCAUCAUAUCAUGUGUUGUUGUCCAACAUUUAUGCAGCAUCUGGAAGGUGGGGUGAUGUUGAGAAGGUGAGGCAAAAAAUGAGAAAAAAAGGAGUGAAAAAGGUAGUUGCAUAUAGUGCUGUUGAAGCAAACAGUGAGGUUCAUGUUUUCCAUGGUGGGGAUAGAUCUCACCCACUGUCUUCAAAUAUAUAUGAGGUGUUGGCAGAAUUAAUUAAGCAGAUAACAAGUAUUGGUUAUGUGCCGAAUACCACUGAAGUACUGCAUGAUAUGCAAAUGGAAGAGAAAGAGGCUACACUUAGUACUCAUAGUGAGAAGCUUGCUAUUGCAUUUGGCCUUAUCAAUGUGAGAUCUCCGUUUCCGAUAAGGGUUAUGAAAAACUUAAGGAUUUGUAAUGACUGUCAUACUUUUAUGAAAUUCACCUCUAAAGUUACCAACAGAGAGAUUAUCAUGAGAGAUAAGAACCGUUUUCAUCAUUUUAAAGAUGGUUCUUGUUCCUGCAAAGACUUUUGGUGACUAUAAUAAUAUAGUCAAAAUUUUCUUCUUGUUGAUUGUGACCUGGUUUGAGCAGGCCUUGAUAAAUGAGUUUGUGCAGUUUGGCUCAAGGUAAUUAUCAGUUGAAGAUGGACUAUUUUUUGAUGGCUGAUUGGGAAUCUCCACCAUCCAAGAAUAGAGAUUGGUAUCAUUCGACUUUGAAAUCUUUCUUUGCAUCCUGGGGAUGUCUAACAGAUAUCAAGCUUGCAAGUGGUGCUAUAGUGGCUCCACAACCUAAAUGCCUGAAGUUGAUAAAGGAAAGGGGAUGUUUGUCCCAA